AUGAUAUUGAACUAUCAAUCAGAGGCUGAAUUUUUCAAUCAUUUUAAAAACAGCACACACCUGAGUGCUAAGACAGCGAAGGGGAUCUUUAACCUGACUGUCUUGCAAGCAGAGAAGUCGGAUUCAGCCACAUACUACUGCACUUUUACAUUCUUCAGAGAGAUCAUCUAUGGAGAUGGAACUACUUUGAUUGUGACGGGAGAGUCCCCUCCAGGAAUCAUUCACACCCAUGGACACAGGAGUGAUGAGUGCCAGAGGAGCUCUGGGACUGUGUCUCCCACACAGAGCUGUGUCUACAACUUCCCCAAGAGGAUCCUCAGCCACUCUGAUGCUGGGACUUACUACUGUGCUGUGGCCACCUGUGGGGAGAUCCUGUUUGGGAACGGGACCAAGCUGGAUUUUAAGGUUUCAGGAAAUGAAGCGUUCCUUUAUUGCUUGGCGGGAGCUUUGGCGUUGAGUGUGAUCCUACAUAUUGUCCUCGCUCUGAGAAGGAGAAAAAGCAAUGUGAACUCCAAAGGGGCUGUAUCAAACAAUCCACUGUUUAAAGAAGACUUGUCCAGCAAAAAGCAUCAAGAUGAAGUGAUGAAUUACGCUGCUUUGACUUUCACCACCAACACCUACACACACCUACACACACAGUUGCUAUGCAGGGCUCUGUCUGAUCAGCUGAGCCGUCUGAGGAAGGCCAGCUUUGCUGGUGGAUGUGGAGCCACUGGUUCAGUGAAAGACUGA